AUGUCGACACAGACGCCCAUUUCGGUUCCAUUUGGUCCUCUUUACGACCGUGAUGCCAUCAUUGAAAGUAUCAAGCAGUAUUUCGAGCUGCUUUCGCGAAUGGUCUCGUUCAGACCAGAGUGCAUAAAGAGCCCCCCUAAGAACGGAUGGAGCGAUGACGAACUUCCCCUUGAGAAGUUUCGGAUCCUCGGGUUCAAUGAGAGAGUAGUUGACCUUUUACGCCACUUGCCAUACGUGGAGAGCGAGAAGCCGAUCUACCCAUCCACGCAGAGCAUCAGCUACCUCAAAGACUCGCAUCUCUUCUCAGAACCCGAACGCGAAUUCAGAACUAAGCAGCCACUUGUGCUUGAGCUCUGGCCGUUGGAAGGCGAGAAGAUUCAUGAGGGAAUCGUCGCCCUUUCAGGACAGGCGGACGGGGGCUUAGCUAUGUGGUGGCUGCUCGACACCCGCACCUGCGAGGUCACUCCUCAUGAUGCGUACACACACGUUUCGGACGAAGAGAUACCCGAGAACGAGCCCUGGCGGACGGAUAAGCCACGGCUGGCUGUAGAGUACUUCAAAGAACUCAGAGAGAGCCUGAUCUCACUCGAGAUGAUUCCGAUACCGACGCACAUGCCGGGGGGAGACUGGAAAAUCUGGCGGGUGAGGGACUUUGGAGAGGAACACCGGCACUGGGUUCAUGAAGCUCAGGAUAUCUAUAGGGAAUGUGGUUGGCCGGCCGAGGAUCGGUUUGAUCGGUCAAAGUGUCGGAGUUUACUCAAGAAGAUAUUAAAGAAACGUUAG